GGAUAUUUAAGUGUAUCUUUGUGACUUUUCAAAGACGGAUAAAAGCCUAAAAGCCCUGGAAUAAGUGAAAUUAUGUAUUAGCAAAAUUUGACUGCUAUCAAUAACAUACUGUUCUAAGAACAUAUUAAAUUUCAAGAAAAAUACUUUCAGUAAUUUUUAGGCCAUGGGCAAAAUAAAAAUGGCGUGUAAGCUGUUUUGCACUAUCGCAUGAUCUCGAUCAAUGCGUAUGUAAAUACCAUAUAUCACAAGGAGUGACAGCAAAGUCCUGUUUUUAAUGUUUGUUAAAGGACGUUAUUCAUGUAUUCAACUCAGUUUGACUAUGGAAGUACCUGGUAAAUCAGCGGAUGGAGAAAAAGAUUUAUCUACUUGGCAAAAGGAGAAAUUUUGUGAACCAUGCAACAGUGAACAUGCCAAGACACCUGCGAACGGUGUGUGCCACGAGUGUAGGGAAUUUAUGUGCAACUCUUGCUUUCGACAUCAUCUAAAAGCGAAGCAAUGUAGAAAUCAUAUCUUAGUUGAUGAAAACAUUUCUGAAGUUUUGUUGAGGAAAAGCGAAGAAAUCGAGAAGUGCAAACGUCAUGAGGAUGAGACAGUAAAAUAUUACUGCCGUAAGCAUGAAUUUGUAGGAUGUGGGGAUUGUAUGAUACUCGAACACAGUGUUUGUAAACCCGAAUUCAUAAAGGACCUGUCUAAAGAUUUCCAAGACAACGAAAACUUCAAAGAAUUGGUAAGGAAAAUUGAGAAAUCGACAUCUGCAAACAAAAACAAUGAGAAGAAUUAAAGAAAAUAAGAGAGAAAUCAGAUUGAUGUAUGAAACUGCACUGAAAGAAAUAGCUAAGUUCAGAACAGAAAUUAACUUGUUUUUGGACAAGGCUGAAGAUGAUGUUAAAACUGAGGUAAAUCGUUUAAAAUCUGAAGAUGAAGACCUUUUGAUCAAGUUAGAAGAAGAAUGCAAGCUUCUUUCAACAAAAACAGACGCAGUUAAACAAGCGAUGAGCACAGAACUCUACCAAGGACAGUCGUUGUUUAUUCGCUCUAUUGAGUGCAAGCCUGAUAUUCUCGAUACCGAACGUGCCAUAGCCCAGCUGCAAUCAAGAAACAGUAUUAAGAAAUUCAAGUUCGUACGUGACAAAAAGCUAUCAAAUAUUGUUGCUACUAAAAGAAAGUUCGGAGAUUUGGACAUAAGCCAAAAUGGACUGGUCAUUAAAAAGGCAAAAGAUUCAGAACUGAUGUCAUAUGCACGUGUACGUCCUUACGAUAACUGCAAGCGUGGCAAAGCGAAUUAUCACUGUUGGAAGCCUGGUACAGUGAUAAAUGUAAAUAAAGACGGUGACGUCACGGUGGAAUGGGAUCAUUCAGGGCAAAUAUUGGACGGUUUCAGAUUUGGUUACUCAGACGAAGAUAAUGGUGUGGAACUUAUAUGAGCAUUUUAGAAUAUGGCAAUGCCACAAUCAAGGAAGGUUUUAGUAUUGAGGUCAUUCAGGGCAGAUAUUGGGAGGUUUCAGAUCUAGUGGUUCAGAUGACUGUAAUGGUGUAUCACUAACAUAAACUUUUUAGAUCUUAGUUAAAAGAAAGUUGUACUUUGCAAAGCGCGAUUACCAACACAUUGUAUCACUAAAACAUUUUAAGCAUGUUUUAUACUAAAACAUGUUAAGCAUGUUUUAUGUUUACUGCCUGAAGAGACAAAAAUAUCGAAAGUGACAUCUUUGGGUUUUAUAGUUACAGCUGAAUAAAAGUUGAUCUAAAUGUUGAUUAUUAUACAGGUUAUAGAGUCGUCUGCCUAUUAGGGAAAUCAACAACCACUACUUUCCUGAACAUCUUACCAAAACCGAACUAUAGACACUAAAUAUCAAAAUCAUAGUCGCAUUGUGGCGGAUACAAAUAGUCCUCAGACUUUUUGCUUUGUGGAGCUUUUUCGGCGACGCCGUCUAAAUUCGUUUUCGUUUUCCUAUGCCACGUGACUUCAGUUUGCCAAUCAAACUACUUGAUAACGCAUUAUAGAUAAUUUAUCAAAACGGAAGAUUUAUGCAACACUCUGCCUGACUGGACGAGAGUGUCAAUUUCUUUCACUCUGUUGACUGUGCUACGCUGAGUGAAAUGUAGACAAAGCGUUUAUCCUAAAAACGCUGCUCACAGUUUUACAGUCAACUUUGGCUCAGUAGAUCUAUAUUUAGCAAUAAUAUUGAUUUAUCUCAAAAUAAUAAGUAAGUUUAAUAAAUAUGAUAAAAACCUGUUCAAAUACCAACAUAUAUCAAAUUAAAGAAAGAGCUGAAUACGGUCUGCGUAUCACAUGAAUAAGGGUGUGAUAAGAGUCUUUUAUGUAGAGAAGUGCUUUUUAAAAGAUUUUCCUUGUUACAAUUGUCGUCUGUAUAUGAAAAGGUUUCUUGCUUUUGUGACUUACUCAGUUUGCAUAUUAAAAUGAGUACUUGUUUGCUUUGAUAUAUUUGUUACAAAUUAUUUAACUGAUUUGUUAUAUAUGAAUAUUUUUUUUAGUAUUGUAUGCAAGUAUUGAACUCAGUUGAAAUCUGUUUCAUUAUAUAUAUGCUAUAUAAUGACUGAAUCUCAUUUUACACUGAAAUGAAGGUACGUUGCAUACAGUUUAUCUAUGUGAUAUAACUACGGUCAAACUUUGCUUAUGCGGUCAAAAUUUGCUUAUGAAACUGAA